CCCUUGUCUUAGGUCGAUCCGUGAUGAUUUGAUAUUCUUUGAUUGGUUAGGGUUCUUUACUAAUUGUUUUGGUGGCCUGUGUUUGAAUGAAUAAUGUUUAUUUCGGUUUGUAUAUGUGAAAUAGGAGUAAUCUAUAUGUAAAUAGUCUAGUGUUGUUGUUGUUGUUGUUGUUAUAUCAGUGUUUUAUAGCUUGUAUAUGCGAGCGAAAUCGGAGUGAGACAGUGGCGGAUAUGCCGCCCGGCAUGCCCUGGCACGUGCCCGGGCUGCCCCACCCCCAUUUUUAUUUUUUUUAAAGUAACAAAAGAAAAAGAAAGAAGGCACAAGCGUUUUGGUUUUUCUCUGUCUCGUUUGUCUCUGUCUCGUUCGUUCUCUUUCUCUAGCAAAUAGCAAUCGCCCAUCACCAAACCAAACCGAUCUAAGGCUCUCAAAUCCGUCGCACCGCUCUCAGCCUCUCUCUCUCUCUCUCUCUCUCAGCGCAGACAGGUUUAACUGAAGAUGUCGCCGAGGAUUCUGGUGCUGUCUGUUUGUCAUGAUAAAAAAUUUCAACAUUUGGAGUUUCACAUUGUGGAUCUAGAGAACCAGAAAAUUCAUCGCAAUGUCUCACCUCCUUUGUUUAGUACUUCUGGAUUUACUAGGAUGUUGAGUUUGUGUGAGUCGAUCUAUAUUUUUGGUGGCUAUAGUACUUCAGAAGAUGUCGCUGAUAUUGACUCUUAUGUAUCCCAAAACCCCACGGAUACCUUUUACAUGGGCUCAGCUCAUAUGCGAUUAGCCGCCAGUGACUCUGUAGGGGAGUGGUGCAAACAUCCAAAGCCAAUUUUCGGACACCUUUUUGCCAACAGUACUUGCCUCCAUGGAAAGAUUUACAACAUGGGAUUCCAUGACCUUGAUCCGCAGUUGUUUGAUCCCACCUCUGAUUCGUGGGAGAGUAUAACUUUGCCUUCUGAAUUACAAGGCUGCUUCCUGUCCAUGUUUGCGAUGCCAGACCCUUCUCACGAUCGUAUCAUCCUUCACUUGGAAAGGGGCUCACUUCCAUCACCUUCUAUCUAUGCUUACUAUCCUAGCUCUGAUGAAUGGAAACUUAUUGUUUCCGAUUUUUCAGACUGGGAUCCGGUCUCAGCAGUUGCUGAUGGCGUGAUCUACUUUAAUUACUACAAAUGUCACACUCUCGUUGCCGCUUAUGAUUUGAAAAGCCUCAAGUGGUUGGACGUGCAUUUGUCAGAUACUGUUGUUGAUGGUUCUUAUAUACUAAUUAACCGCUUUAAGGAAUUGCUCUAUUUAGGUGACAACUCCUUUUGCUUGUCCGUUCACUCGCUUCAAAUCGCCAACUCAAACUCCAUUCGAGUGUCUUUCGUCAAGUUUACAAUUGAGCGGACAGAUUCAGUCAUUAAUAUCAUUCCCCAGUCAGCCAGCCACUUUAUCCUUCCACACACUUCCUACUUGCGUAACAUGAUCGCACUUUCUUAGAACUACUGAAACCAGGAAAGGAGCAGCAAUUACGUUUGAGAACUCAGAACUCAACUCACGAUGAAGAUUGAAGAAGCAGAGUCCAGCAAGACAGCAAGUUUAAUAUUAGCCUGUGACUCUUUAGGCACUUUUUCUGUUGUUUUUAAACGUAAACUUAGCAAGCAACUCAAAUUUUAAUUUCCGGAUGUUUUAAAUUUGUGAUUGUGAACUAGCUAAGUGUAGCUGGUCAGUGACUUGUGGUAAACAUGAAUUUUUAGGAUGUUUUUCUGUGA